UGUUAUUAUUUACUGUUAAAUGUGAAAAGUAAUGCGAGGCUGCCAGUUUGCUGCCGUCUGCACGCAACCCGAAGGCUGCGUGGAUGGUGACACGGUGACUCGCAGGGAAUGAAGUUGUGAAAUUCAACAAGGACCGGUGAUGGAGUGACACGAUUCAAGCCGCCUCUUUUUUUCCUCUCUCUUUUUUUUUUGGUAACGUUUUGGAGGAGAAGACUGGAAGAAACCAUAAGGCGCACAGCUCCAUACUGAAGUGUUUAAGUUAGUCUGAGGGGAAAUUUAAAAGACCUAAAAAUACAGCGUUGGUUUCUUCCCCUACAAAGAAUCAUUUGAACUUCCCACCGCAGAGUGAGAGAGGGAGAGAGCGACAUAAAUAGUUCUGACAUGUGGAUGUAAUUUCAGAAGAGGAAAAAAGACAGAUGCAGAGAAAUAAAGCGAGCGGGGCUGAGCCGGAGCAUAUAGUAAGAUUAUAGGAAAUUAAAUCGAGGGCAGAGCGAGGCGAUUACAGAGUUAUGAUUUCACAAGCCGCCAGAAGCAUUGAGAUGCCAGAUGGAGUGAAAAGAGACACAUCUCGCUCCACUUUGAAGAGAGUUAAGUAGAUUAAAUAAUUGCAUCUCAGCUCUUCACCGGCGUUUGUUUGAGCCCUGCAAGGACUCUUGGAGGUAUAGAGCCUGCCUCAGUUUAGGGAUGGGAUCCUCUCAUGUGCUUCACAAUCUGGACUUUCUUCUCAUCUCACUCCUCAGCGGCUUGUGCCUGGUUUAUGCAGAUGAUGUGCUCACGAAAGAAGAACAGAUAGGCCUGCUGUUCAAAGCCAAGCGGACGUGUGAAGGGAACAUUACGUCGAAGAGGAGGAUUCCUGACGGCUUCUGCUCACCAGAGUGGGAUGGGAUUGUUUGCUGGCCUGAAGGACCUCCUGGAAAACUUGUAUCCACUGCUUGUCCAAAUUAUAUCUAUGACUUCAACCAUAGAGGACUGGCAUACCGUCGGUGUGACAACAAUGGAACGUGGGAGCUGGCCUCAGCCAACAAGACAUGGGCCAAUUAUAAUGAAUGUGCAACAUACCUCUACCAUUACAACCAUAGCCAUGAAAAGGAGGUCUUUCACCGCUUGUAUCUCAUCUACACAGUCGGGUACUCCAUCUCGCUGGGAUCCCUCAUGGUAGCUGUUGUCAUAUUGGGAUAUUUUCGACGGCUGCACUGCACCAGGAACUACAUCCACAUGCACCUUUUCGUGUCCUACAUGCUGAGAGCUAUAAGUAUCUUUGUGAAAGAUGUCGUCCUCUACUCUGAAUCUGCAUUAGAGAACAUGGAAAGAGUCACAGUGGAAGACCUCAAGUCCAUCACUGAAGCUCCGCCAUCGAACAAAGCACAGUUUAUUAGCUGCAAGGUGGUUGUGACCUUGUUCAUGUACUUUCUGGCCACCAAUUACUACUGGAUCCUUGUGGAGGGUCUUUACCUCCACAGCCUCAUCUUUAUGACCUUUUUUUCGGACAGAAAGUAUCUGUGGGGAUUCACUAUGAUUGGAUGGGGAGUUCCAGCAGUGUUUGUGACCAUCUGGGCAAUUGUGAGAGCCACGCUCGCUGACACAGAAUGCUGGGACUUAAGUGCAGGCAAUUUGAAAUGGAUAUAUCAAGUGCCUAUCCUGGUGGCUGUGGGAGUAAAUUUUCUGUUAUUUCUGAACAUCAUCAGAGUCCUGGCAACUAAGCUACGAGAAACAAAUGCGGGAAGGUGCGACACCAGACAACAGUACAGAAAACUGCUGAAGUCCACGCUGGUUUUGAUGCCACUGUUUGGUGUCCACUACAUCAUUUUCAGUGCCAUGCCGUACACAGAAGUGACUGGAAUCCCGUGGUUGAUCCAGAUGCACUACGAGAUGCUUUUUAACUCCUUUCAGGGCUUCUUAGUUGCAAUCAUAUACUGCUUUUGCAACGGAGAGGUUCAAGCCGAGAUCAAAAAGUCCUGGAGCAGGAGAACUCUGGCCCUGGACUUCAAAAGAAAAGCCAGAAGCGGCAGUAACACUUACAGCUAUGGACCAAUGGUAUCACACACCAGCGUUACAAAUGUGACUGCCAGAGGACCGCUGGCCCUGCACCUCACCACGCGGCUGGGGCCGGUGCCGGUGAACGGACACAGGAACCUCCCGGGGUACGUGAAGAACGGCUCUGUCUCUGAGAACUCUAUACCUUCAUCGGCACAGGAGCUCCACGUUCCCGAAGAGGAGCCGUCUGCUCAAACGCGGGCCAGCGAGGACGAGAAACCCUCGCCUGUGGUCGAGGAGGAAAGGGAGACAGUCAUGUGAAUUCCAUGGAAGCGUAUGUAGCGAUGAAACGUGAAAAAACAAGUCAUGAAACACUCAGGAUGGUCUGAAGGGGAUGACUGCAUGCAUCAACACUGCCAGUUUCUUCUCCUGUGAAUCGAGCCAGAACGUUGGCGACUGCUGAGGCUCAAAAGAAAAAGGAUGCAUCACUUUUGUGAGCUAAUCCGAGGAAUGAUGAUUACAAAUUGUUGUGGCAAAUGCUCUCAGCUCUUCCAUCAGCCACCUGCCACCGAGAAUGUGUCCAAGGCUGAAACAGACUGCCGUUUCUUAUUUCUCUUCCACUGCCAUGACUGUUGUCAUUUAGUUUUCUGUCUGAUGCUCAUGUUUUCUGCAUAAGUUAAAGAGGAGUUUGACAUGUUCAGUACUAGCCGAGAACAGCCUUAAUCAAGAACUCUAAAGCCAGGUGUGUUUUCUCUGUGUGCACAGCAGCACACACAUGGGAAACUUCAUGAGCACCAUUUGGAUUAAGUGCAGGCCCGGCUUAAAAAAAUGACUAAUGCUACUAUUUUGACACAUCUGUUCAUGUUUCGUGGCAUCUCAGUUUCGCUCCAUUGACUUAGAUCCACUGCAGUGUAAAAGGGAAGUUACUCAGGUAGUCGAAGUCCUUUAUUGUUGCACACCCAUUUUUAUAAAUAUUUCUUUUUUAUGUGAUGUUUCAGCAUAAUCUGCAUUUCUCUCCCAAAGGAAGCUGGUGUGUUAUAUAAAGCUGUGUUCAUUUAUGUUAUUUUAUUUGUUUUCAAGCUAUUGUACAGUUUCUGCUGUCUUGAACAACCCAGUAUUCCUCCAUGUAAUUAUAAUGGAUUUUAAAUGGUUAAAAUGAAUGUAUCGUAUUCAGAUUUUAUUAACAAAAAGAAAAAAAAAAUCCAAAAAACACAAAACCAAAGUAAGGAUGCCAAAGUAGGAAUACUUAUUUGAAGGUUGUUCAGCAUUAUUUGAAGUAAAGAUGGAAUACAGGCAUCACUGUGCUCCUCCAAGGUUCUCCAAAGCAGCUGCAUCACGAUCUUAUUCUCCAGUGGAAUGCUAAAUAAACGAGGAAUCGACAAUUUAAGGAGUGGCAAUUUUAGUGGAUAUGAAGAAAAAAAUAGAUUCAUUUGUAUAGAAGGUUCAAUCGUUUGCUGCUCGUUGAUGUGUAUAUCUAAGUCACUAUGUUUACAAAAUCAGAAAAACAUGGAACAUUCUCAUUGUGAACUAAAGUGUUUAUGUGUAUGGAUAUGUUAUAAAGCUGUCGUAAUCUGUUUUUGCUUAUGUGUUUAUAGAAUGUUGGCAAUAUAUUUGAUCAUGUAUAUAGUCCAAACAGAAUUGGUUGAAUAUAUUUACAGGUGACAGAGGGCAUUCAUGCUAUUAUUCACUGAACCAUUCCAGAGGAUAUCUUUAACUCUGUAAAUUAUAAUUCACUGCACUUAACCUGCUUAGCUGCCAAUGUGGGUGUCAUUUUCUGUUAUGCCAAAGAGAAGAAGGCAUGCUGUGCCUUCAGGGAAAAUGAGAUAUUGCAAAAUAUCUUUGUAUUAUCAUUCAAAGUAUUGUGUUUACCUAAUCAAAUUUUCUUAAAGUUGGAGUGAAAUGGGAAAAACCCUUGAAGCAUUCCGUUGCUAAUUAUCAGUGAAUCAGUGCCAUUAGUCUUAAAUAAUAUUGCUGCAAUCCUUUGUUUUUCCAAAUCCUCAACUAUAUAACUCAAAUUCAAAAUUUAGUGACUACAAAUGUUAUGAUUUUGACCUCUCAAGAAAUUUAAAUACCAUGUAUAGGUACUAUAAUAGUUUUACACAUUCAGGACUAAUCACCAUUUGAUGGCAAAGUAUUUUCUCCUUCUACCUGCCAUUCCUUAAUUUUUGUUUCUUUUACUCAAUUUUGAUCAUAAUUCCAAUUAUUCCCACUUCUUCUUGUAUCUGUUGCCAAAUCCAUCAAGGUGUUUGCAUAAUCCACAGAGGCAGAUUCCCAGAAUAAAAUUCAAGUGCAGCCCUGUUUCAGUUAAGGCUGAUAAAAGUAUUUUAUAACAGCAUUUGUACUGAGUUAUACUUUACGAAUUGUCUUCCUUGUUUACUUAUUCAGCGAGUCUUAACAUACAUCUGGCAUUAUUCAGCACUUGUUUUUUUUUUAUUUUUUUGGCUAACAAUGUAAUUAUAAAGCCAAAAACUAACAGUGAUCUAUCUUAUUGGUAAUAUGAGAUCUAGCUUUAUCCACAGUGCAAUAGUGUAUAUAUAUAUAUAUAUAUAUAUAUAUAUAUAUAUAUAUAUAUAUAUAUAUAUAUAUAUAUAUAUAUAUAUAUAUAUAUCCCUUAUACUAUUUCAAACCAAGCAACUUCCAUAUGUGUAUGACAGUUGGUAAACCUCCAUAUUUCCAUUUCCAUCAGGAUCUAUUAUGAUUGCAAGUGGGGGCUUCUUGGACUGAAUACUUGUGUAAUUAUAGGUGGCUGCAAGCCGCAGUGAUGGAAAAAGGAAACGUCUGAGGCUGACUGAUGCAUUUCACACUAAAUGAUCCAGUAUCUUUCUGCUACACAAAAUAUUUUUCUCAUGUAACUUGACUCUUUUAGUCUGUAUUUAUUGCGUUCCUCACGAUACUGUGGAACCUGAACUUGGCUGAAUUUGUAAACCCUCGAGGAGUGAUGUUAUUGUUUUAUAAUAAGAUCAGACAGUAUCAGAGCAUGAAAAUACUUUCAAUAAGAAACACUUGAGAAUUUUAUUUGAGCACUUUAAUAUCCUAUAACAUAGUAGGCUAUAUUGCUCUGAUUGUAUCUUUUAAAAUGAUUGUGUUUUGGAUUUCAUUGUACAAUAAGGCCAAAUUAUAUCUUCAGCUAAUGUUGUAUUUCAUUGUAUCAAAUACCUCUCAUGGAAGUAUAGAGUGUUUUAUGACAUUUAUUUAUCUUGUGCUAAAAUGUACUCAGUGAAGUUGACAUUAGUCUUCAUGCUUUACAUAGGCUACAGGAUGUGGGCAGCAUCUGCUAUAAGACACAUCUUUUGUUCAUUCUGUUGUGAUGCGAGCAUGUUGUAGAUAUCAGUGUAAACUUUGCAUAAACUGUUUUCCAAUCUCUAAUUUUCAUUGGUGAAUUGUGAAUAAGACAAUAAAUCUAUA